AUGGGCGCCUAUCUCUAUGUGCGCCUAUCUCUAGGGGCGCCUAUCUCUAUGGGCGCCUAUCUCUAUGGGCGCCUAUCUCUAGGGGCGCCUAUCUCUAUGGGCGCCUAUCUCUAUGGGCGCCUAUCUCUAUGGGCGCCUAUCUCUACGGGCGCCUAUCUCUAUGGGCGCCUAUCUCUAGGGGCGCCUAUCUCUAGUGGCGCCUAUCUCUAUGGGCGCCUAUCUCUAGGGGCGCCUAUCUCUAUGGGCGCCUAUCUCUAUGGGCGCCUAUCUCUAUGGGCGCCUCUCUCUAUGGGUGCCUAUCUCUUUGGGCGCCUAUCUCUAUGGGCGCCUAUCUCUAGGGGGGCGCCUAUCUCUAGUGGCGCCUAUCUCUAUGGGCGCCUAUCUCUAGGGGCGCCUAUCUCUAUGGGCGCCUAUCUCUAUGGGCGCCUAUCUCUAUGGGCGCCUAUCCCUAUGGGUGCCUAUCUCUUUGGGCGCCUAUCUCUAUGGGCGCCUAUCUCUAUGGGCGCCUAUCCCUAUGGCGGCGCCUAUCUCUAUAGGCGCCUAUCUCUAGGGGCGCUUAUCUCUAUGUGCGCCUAUCUCUAUGGGCGCCUCUCUUUAGGGGCGCCAAUCUCUAGAGGCGCCUAUCUCUUUGGGCGCCAAUCUCUAUGGGCGCCUAUCUCUAGGGGCGCCUAUCUCUAUGGGCGCCUAUCUCUAUGGGCGCCUAUCCCUAUAGGGGCGCCUAUCUCUAUGGGCGCCUAUCUCUAUGGGCACCUAUCUCUAGGGGCGCCUAUCUCUAUGGGCGCCUAUCUCUAUGGGCGCCUAUCUCUAGGGGCGCCUAUCUCUAUUGGCGCCUAUCUCUAG